AUGGAUAGCAUGAGUGAGGCAUUUGAUCAAAUGCAAAUGGUCAAGGAUGUUCUAGCCAACAGUGAUAAAGUUUCAGAGGUCCUACAAGAGUCUACUCAUCAGUUCAACCUGCUUACUUCACCCACCUUCCUACCAAAGGUCAAGGAUCAAGGGAAAUUCACUCUCCCUUGCACACUUGGGCAUCUUGAGAUUGACAAUGCCUUAGUGGAUUCUGGAGCAAGCAUCAAUCUGAUCUCUCUCUCCAUGGCAGAGAAGCUAGGCAUUGCUGGAGCCUUGCAGCGCCCUACUACUUCAAUCAUGUUUGGAGAUGCAACUUCUAAGUCUCCUCUUGGAGUGUUCAAGAACUAUCACUUGAAAAUUGGAGAAUGCAUCAUCCAAACUGAUCUCACUGUGAUGGAAAUGGAAGAAGAGAAGGAUUUACCUCUGUUAUUGGGAACCCCUUUCCUUAGUACAGUUGGCGCUUCAAUAGACUUUCACAAGCAAGAAGUGAUCCUUCACAAGGUGAAUAGUUUGGUGUCAUAUCGCUUGCAGCCUAGAGGUUCAGACUUUUGUGCCACAAUUGACAGUACCACUCUCAGUUCUAAGAGUCAUGGAGCUACAAAGGUUGUGAAGGAAAGGGUUGACAAGGAACCAAGAGUUGGGAAGGAUAAGGAUGAGAGAGGACCAAGGAUUGAGAAGCCACGUCUUGAGAGGGCUAGAGUUGAGAAACCACGUCUGAUAGGCCACGAGCUGAGAGACUUGUUCAAGCCCCUUGUGUGCUUGAUGAAGAGAGCCUUCAAGCUUUGUUUGAUGAGCCACUAG